GGGAAAACUGGAGGCGUGGUUUGAGUGUGUCAUGGCGUCAGCCGUCAACAAAUCUACAGCAAUAUUUUUGGAAUAGAUAUUCCUUUAACUCAUAAACACCUCUGUGAAGUUCGAGGAACAUUGUGCACGAGGUCCAAACAUGGGCACCGUUCACGCAAGGAGCCUUGAUCCACUACCCAUGCACGGUCCGGAGCUGGGUGUUCAUGCUGAUGACAUUGAGACUCCCGACAUUGAGCAGGAGUCAAAGCAGGAAGUUCUUCAAAACAAAAAUGUAGUUGUUCAGCGGGUACACAUAGAUGGACUUGGAAGAACCAAAGAGGACCUCUUAUCAUAUGAAAUAGCUGAAGUAUUCCGAGCCAAAAACCUGAUUGAUGUCAUGAAGAGGUCCCAUGAAGCAAGACAAAAUCUCCUACGUCUCGGUAUUUUCAGGAAAGUGGAAGUUGUUAUUGACACCUCACAAGGGGCAGAUGCACUUCCAAAUGGACUAGAUGUUACGUUUGAGGUGACUGAAUUGAGACGAAUGACUGGGAACUAUAACACCAUGGUUGGGAAUAACGAAGGUAGCAUGGUUCUGGGCCUUAAACUACCCAAUGUGUUCGGUCGAGCAGAGAAACUCACUUUCCAGUUCUCUUAUGGCACCAAAGAGACCUCUUAUGGCUUGUCGUUCUUCAAGCCCCAACCUGGACACUUUGAGCGCAAUUUUGCUGUUAAUGUAUACAAGGUCACUGGCCAGUUCCCAUGGAGUUCACUGAGAGAGACUGAUCGGGGCAUCUCCACAGAGUUCAGCUUUCCUAUCUGGAGGACUAACCACACCCUGAAGUGGGAAGGUGUGUGGAGAGAGCUGGGCUGUCUGGCUCGUACGGCCUCGUUUGCCGUCCGGGAGGAGAGUGGCCACUCCCUCAAGUCAUCGCUCUCGCACGCCAUGGUCAUUGACACCAGAAACUCAACCAUCCUUCCCAGGACAGGCGCCUUGCUCAAGUUCCACCAGGAAUUGGCAGGCUAUACCGGGGGAGACGCCAGCUUCCUAAAGGAAGACUUUGAGAUCCAGAUAAACAGACGUCUUUUCUGGGAUUCGGUCUUGUCUGCCUCUCUGUGGGGAGGAAUGUUGCUGCCCAUUGGAGACACGCCAACGUGCAUAGCAGACAGGUAUUAUCUGGGUGGGCCUACAAGUGUGAGGGGAUUCAGUAUGUACAGCAUUGGCCCACAGAGUGAAGGUAUGACAGGUGACUACCUGGGAGGUGAGGCUUACUGGGCUGGUGGGAUCCAUCUGUAUACUCCACUACCCUUCCGUCCAGGCAAAGGUGGCUUUGGAGACCUCUUCAGGACCCACUUCUUCCUCAAUGCUGGAAACCUGUGUAACCUUAACUACGGCGAAGGUCCAAAAGCACACCUUACGAGACUGGCAGAGUGCAUUCGCUGGUCCUACGGAGCUGGAAUUGUGCUACGCCUGGGGAACAUUGCUAGACUGGAGCUCAACUACUGCAUUCCCAUGGGUGUCCAGAGUGGAGACAGGAUAUGCGAUGGUGUCCAAUUUGGAGCAGGAAUCCGAUUCCUGUAAUAUCUUGAUGCAUGGAAUUUUGAGAUGAUGAAGGACUACAGGCAAAUGUAAUUUGCUCUGAAGAAAGAAUUAUGUUCACACACUCAUGGUUGCUGGGAGUUGAUUUUCUACAUUUGUAUGUGAAGAAUGGAACUUUUGGAGAUGGCUGUAUAAAUCAGAAAAAUGUUUCCCAGUGCCCAAGAUGUGGAAAACCAUAAGAGGAAACCUCACCAAUGAGUGCUCUUAUCAUUGGUCAAAUAUGGUCUGAAAGAAUAAACACAAAAAUAAAAUGUUA